AUGAAUAAAGAUAUUAGUUAUCUUAAUUCAACACAUGGAAAACGUCAAUUAAUAUUUCAUGGAACAAGAUAUUGUUUAAAACAAAAUAAUGUAAAUUCGACUUUAUGGAGAUGUACAAAAGGAAAUUGUCCUGCAAGUAUUUCAGUUUCAAAUAACGAUGUUAUAUUAAGAGUAAACGAAAACCAUAAUCAUCUUAUUGAUUUAAAUGACAUUAAAGUUUUGGAACUUCGUCAUAAAUUAAAACAUCAAGCAGAAACAAGUUCUGAACCAAUUGAAAAAAUAGUCGAAUUCUCUUAUGCGAAUAUGAUUACAAAAGAAGGAAUAACAGAUUCAGUAGUAAAAUUACCUACAGUAAAAACAUUAAAAAAUACUGUUACUAAACAACGUCGAAAAACUAGACCACCAUUACCAAAAUUACUAGAUGAUUUACCUUUUCCACUUCCAUCAUUAUAUACCUUAACCGAAAACAAUAGUAAAUUUCUUUUAUUUGAUGGACUUUUAGGUGGAAAACGAGGCUUCAUUUUUUCAUCUGAACAUGAUAUUGAAUAUUUAGCAUAUCAAAAAUGGUGGUAUGGUGAUGGUACCUUCUAUACUUCUCCAUCUAUAUUCUAUCAAAUAUACAGUAUACAUACGUUUGAUGAAGGACUAUCAACGCCUUGUGUUUUUGCAUUAUUAGCUGAUAAACUUGAAUCAACUUAUCAUGAUUUAUUUUCAAUAUUAAUGAACAAAAUAAAAGAAAAAACAAAUAUGAUACAACUUGAAUGUAUUACAAUUGACUAUGAACUUGCUGUAAAAAAUGUAUUCGAUAAACAUUAUCCACAUAUCAAAGUAAAAGGAUGUCUUUUUCAUUAUGGAAAAGCACUUUUUCGAAAGUUCAUGAAUUUAAGUUUAAAAACAGCAUACCAAGACGAUGAAUCUCUACGUAUAUGGUUCAGGAGUUUUGCUGCAAUUGCACUAUUACCAGAAACCGAUAUGGACGAAGCAAAUCAUUUUCUACGUUCAACGAAACCAUUGUUAUAUGAAAAAGAAAUCGAUUCAUUUUUAGAUUACCAUGAUAAAACAUAUGGUAUUAAUAGUAGAUUUCCACCAACUAUGUAUAAUCACUAUCGAAAUCUUAAUCCUCGUACAAUUAAUUAUCUUGAAGGACGUCAUAAUCGAUGGAAAAAAAGAUCAACGAAACCUCAUAAUGAUAUUUACAUCUGUAUUGAUAUGUUCAAACAUGAACAAUUGUUAGCAUCAGAUGAAAGACAAAGACAUGAAGCCGGAGCACCUCCACCAAAAAGACGAAAAAAAACUUGCAUAGCCGAAGAAUCAUUAUCUCGUUUAUGGGAUAAAUUAGAAAAAAAUCAGAUUACUAGAGACAAAUUUUUAAAAGGUGCAGGACUUCGUUAUUUUCAAUAUUUGAAAAUUGAAUAA